GAUGCUAUCUCCAAUGAUUAACAAAGAACAUAUGGAACAGAUAAAAGAAAAACUCACAAACGAUAAUGUCAAAUCUGUCAUGAGUUUACCGAAGAACUCAUCAAAUAAUGAAAAUAUGAAAAUACAAGCAGGAAGUUCUACAUCUCCUCAUAGAAUGUCUAAUACAAUUAUAAAUGGAUCUCAAUCCCAGAAAGAUUCAGAAUUAGAAUAUUCUGAAUCAACUAUAGCAUCAGGAAAUUUCAUAGAUGGGGAUUUUCCUGACAUGCAACCCAGUAGGGAAACAACAAUAAAUUCUGCAACCCCCAGAGAAUUCAAAUUCAUUGAAAUCACAUCUGUUGAAUCUCCAGUGCAAAGUUCCCUUGACGAUACUCAAAACACGACACAGACAGAAAAUGAAGAGAAAGAAAAACUGACUAUACAGGAAUACGAUGAAGUGAUUGAUGACAAUGAGAGCGGAUCCGAUUCUAUUGGAUCUGGUAUUUUAACACCCGCCAGCAGUUUCAUUAAAAGAACAAUGGCAAAUAACAGUAUGAAACACGAAGGGAGAAGACACAGUAUAUUAAAAAAUAAUAGGAGAAGAUUAACCUGAAUUAAAGAAAUGAACUGAUACCUGAAGAUAAACCUUCCACUGAUCAAUUGAAACUUAAAGAAGAAAUUAUUAUUUAAUAAAUUUCUGCUGUAUAAUCCAAUAAUUAAACAAUAGUAUUUUUCACUACA